AUGGGCAGCUCAGCCUCUUCACUGGCCGCCGAGACGGAGUCGGACCACGGCUUUGCUGGCCAAACCUAUCCUGGGCACCUGGCAGCAAGCUGGUAUAGGAGUAACCAUGCUGGGCCCGUUUGGGACAAUGCCCUUAUAACACGGCAACAUCUGCACGUAAACCACCGGGCACGAAGCCACACCCACUCUUCUGGUUCUAUGGCCACUGUGCGGGAAUGGUCCUGCACCCGUUGUACUUUCCUGAACCCCGUGGGACAGCGCCAAUGCUCCAUCUGCGAGGCCCCCCGCCAGAAGCCCGACCUCAAUCACAUCUUGCGCCUGAGUGUGGAGGAGCAGAAGUGGGCCUGCGCCCGAUGCACCUUCCGGAACUUUGUGGGCAAAGAGGCCUGCGAGGUGUGUGGCUUCACCCCCGAACCUGGGCCAGGAGGCUCCCCUCUGCCAAUCCUCAAUGGGGUCCUGCCGAAGCCCACCGUCCUAGUAGAACCCAAAGCCAGUUGCAAGGAGGACAUGCCGCAGAUGGAGAGCCCCGGGGAGGACUCGGGGGGGAAGAGCCCCGAAGAGGCACUGCUGGAGGAGGGCUGGGCCUGCCAACGCUGCACCCUCCAUAACACACCCGUUGCCAAUUCCUGCUCGGCCUGCGGGGGCCCUCGCAAGCUCUCCCUGCCCAAGAUCCCUCCAGAGGCACUGGUGGUCCCCGAAAUCAUCACACCUGCCGGCUUCCAGAUAGCUCCUGCCACUGAGACUCCGGAGGGCCACCCAGCCGCCAAUCAGGGCACUGCCCUUGCGGAGGAAGAGAGCCAGAAGAUGCCAGCCUUCAGCCUUUUCUCCCCCGGCCUCCAGAACAACCCCGUUCCCCGUAGCCGCCGAGAGGUGCCACCUCAGCUCCAGCCCCCGGCCCCUGAAGCUUCCCAACCGGCUUCUCCACCAACCCCCGUGCAGAAGGCCAUUCGCUUCCAGGAGAUGAUGGCGACCAAGCGGCUGAGCGUGCUGGAGGAAGAGAUGGACGUGAGCUUGCCGCCCUGGCAGUGCAGCGCCUGCUCCCUGCUCAAUACCUCGGGGAGUGAGGCCUGCGAGGCUUGCAGCAGUCAGAAGGGCAGUGACACUAUUGAUCUGACGGGGGACUCUGUCCGUUUUACGCCCUGUGGGCCCUCCAGCCCCGACUUCACCACCUGGUCCUGCUCCAAGUGCACCUUGAAGAACCCCACCGCGUCCCAGAAGUGCAAAGCCUGUGGCUCCUCCAAAUUGCACGGCUUCCAGGAGCAUAGCUGGCAGACGGAGCCGGCUGCCAAGUGCCCCGAGUGUAGCUCGGAGAAAGGCACCUGUGCGGCUUGUGGCACCAGAGCUCCUUCUGCCCGCAAAGUAGCCCGUCUCUUCCCGUUGCAGUCCCCGGUCACCCCUGAGCAAGCCAGCCAGUGGGCGUGCCCUGCUUGCACACUCCUCAACGAGCUCAAGUCCAAACACUGCCUCGCCUGCCACACGCCUCAAGUCUACAUGGCGCAGCGCAAGGGCAUCAAGCCGCUUCGGCGGCGCGAGAGCAUGCACGUGGAGAAGCGACGGCAGACGGACGAGGGGGAGGCCAAAGCCCUCUGGGAGAACAUUGUCUCUUUCUGUCAAGAGAACAAGGUGAACUUCGUGGAUGACAGCUUUCCUCCUGGUCCUAAGUCGGUUGGCUUUCCUGAAGGAGACAGCGUCCAGCAGCGAGUAAAGCAGUGGCUGAGGCCUCAUGAGAUCAACUGCAACAUCUUCAAAGACCGCUCGGUCAAGUGGUCAGUUUUCCGGACACCCCGACCCUCGGAUAUCCUGCAGGGACUCCUGGGAAACUGCUGGUUCCUGAGUGCCCUGGCAGUGCUGGCAGAACGGCCCGAAUUGGUGGAAAGGGUGAUGAUCACGCGGACCAUGUGCCCGGAGGGGGCCUACCAAGUCCGUCUAUGCAAAGAUGGCACCUGGACCACCGUGCUGGUGGAUGACAUGCUGCCGUGCGAUGAGUGUGGCUAUCUCCUCUUCUCCCAGGCCCAGAGAAAACAGCUGUGGGUGGCUCUGAUUGAGAAGGCCUUGGCCAAACUCCACGGUUCAUACUUUGCCCUCCAAGCAGGGCGCGCUAUUGAAGGCCUGGCUACGCUCACCGGCGCUCCCUGCGAGAGCUUAAUGCUGCAGGUCAGCUCCACUAACCCUCGCGAGGAGGCCAUUGACACUGACCUCAUCUGGGCCAAAAUGCUGAGUUCUAAGGAGGCUGGCUUCCUCAUGGGAGCAUCGUGCGGAGGAGGCAACAUGAAGGUGGAUGAUGCGGCCUAUGAAAGCAUGGGUCUUCGCCCGCGGCAUGCGUACUCCAUAUUGGACGUACGAGAUGUGCAGGGAUGCAGACUGCUGCGACUUCGUAAUCCCUGGGGCCGCUUCUCUUGGAAUGGCAGCUGGUCCGAUGAGUGGUCCCACUGGCCCUCCCAUUUGCGUCACGAGCUGAUGCCCCACGGGAGCAGCGAGGGCGUCUUCUGGAUGGAGUACAGCGAUUUCAUCAGGUAUUUCGACUCCGUGGACAUCUGCAAGCUCCAUUCGGACUGGCACGAAGUGCGUGUGCAGGCGGCUUUCCCCAACAAGGCCAGCGGGCCCAUAACGGUCACCUCACUGACGGUGCUGGAGCGAGCAACUCUGGAGUUUGCUCUCUUCCAGGAAGGCAGCAGACGCUCGGACACGGUGGACAGCCACCUCCUCGACCUUUGCAUCAUGGUGUUCCGGGCCACCUUCAUCAACGGGAGCAAGCUGAGCCUGGGACGCCUGAUGGCCCACAGCAAGCGAGCGGUCAAGAAGUUUGUCAACUGUGACAUCAUGCUGGAGCCGGGCGAGUAUGCCGUGGUGUGCUGCGCCUUCAACCACUGGACGGCCUCAGGGCCGGGGACCCCAGGCCCAGGCUCCAGCCCUACAUCUACCAGUGAGUGCCCUGCCACUGAAGUCUCCAACUACAUCCUGGCCAUCUACGGUUCCCGCCUUGUGAUGGUAGAACAGAUUGAGGCCCAAUCGACCACGUUGGCUGACGCCAUCAUUCUCCUCACGGAGAACAAGGGCGAGCGGCAUGAGGGGCGCGAAGGGAUGACCUGCUACUACCUGACGCACGGCUGGGCUGGUCUCAUUGUCGUGGUGGAGAACCGGCACCCCAAGUCCUAUCUCCACGUCCAGUGCGACUGCACAGAUAGCUUCAAUGUUGUGUCCACUCGGGGCAGCUUGAAAACGCAGGACAGCGUGCCACCCUUGCACAGGCAGGUCCUGGUGAUUUUAUCCCAACUGGAAGGAAAUGCCGGCUUCUCCAUCACGCACCGCUUGGCCCACCGCAAGGCUACCCAGGCAUUCCUGAACGACUGGAUGUCAACCAAGGGGACGCACAACCCCCUGCUCACCCCCGAGGUGGCGGGACUGCACGGGCCCCGGCCACUAUGA